AUGCAAUUGUUCAUAAAAUUGAAAUUGCUCAUUCGUUUCAUAAGAUUGGCCACACUGCGCUUGGCUACUUCAAUUUAUCUAGAAAUGAUCGAUGAUAUUGAGGUGAUAAGUGUGAAGCGCGAUAAAAAGAAGCAACACUGUCAAUGUGAUGAGUCGGGUCGGAAUGGAAAGGUGAUGCGAAAUGAGCUGCCGAACGGUUUGCGAAGAUACGGAGGAGAUAUGCAAGCGAUUUUGUGCGUUACACCGGUGAACACGAUCGCUUUGGUGCUGUCGCACGACGUCAUCGUUGAGAUAACACUUCGCAAGAAUGUACGCCUCUCGCACAAGUCUUCACUGGCUGCAAGCAUAUGUCACAGUGGCAGUGUCGCUUCAGUUUAUCAUCCGUCCGUGCAUAUCGUUCAACAAAAAACACAGGUGUGCACUUCAUUCGUUCUUUCAAAACAAGUGUUUUCGACCAUUGUUCUCGAACUGAAAGAGCAGAAAUAUUGGNAAAACCAGCCAGUGAUCGAAUUCAAUGGUCUAAACAAGUUCAAUUCAUGUGAUAAAAAACCACUGAUAACAGCCAAUAACCAUCAAAUCUCAUUCCAGGUUCAGUUCGAUCAUGUUGAGGGUGUACGUGUGCGUGCUGUCAGCAAUGCAAUACACGUACUGGAUGUAAAUAAUAACAACAAUAAGAUUAUUAAUGAAAACAGUGACAAUAAAACCGCAGCAAAAUCGGUAUAUACGGUAACAAAGAAUGCAGUAAGAACGCAUAACGAUCGUUCGAUAGUAUUUGAUCAAUUCAAUGAGAUCGACUUUGAUUGGAAUAUAAAUCGAAAUCUAAUUUUGGAUGAUGAUAAUGACAGUGAUAUGAUUGGUAUAGCAGAGGAUAAGAAGUCGAGGUGUCUUUCAAUUGCUAAUCGUGCCAUAAUUGAUAUAUUGAAGAACGAUUGCAGCUCAUUGUUCAGUGCAAUCAUAGAGGGUGUCAGGAUAAAGCAUAACAUUAAAAACGGUGAUACACGUAUUUACUGCGGUCGUAAUUUUAUGUCGUUGUGUGUCAAAACGUAUGCAUUAACGCUGCAUUCACCAUGGGUUGAGAUCAAUGUGGAUCGCUUAUCGAAGACUCGCUUAGUGAGGGGCGAACAAAUAAUUGAAACCAACAAUCAUUUUCUUUACUUAACUCAAAACAAUAUGCGAACUCAUCUACCAAUCACUUGCUGA